AAAGGGAAAUAAACAUGCGAGGGAGAGAGGAUGGGAGAGGGGAAAAGGGAAAAGAAGUCAGACUUCCAGAGCGAAAGAGCCCCUUAGGACGUCUUUGCCAGCGUCUUUGGUAGAAGGACACCCUACAGCCAGAUCUUGAUGUAGAUCUGGUGGAGGGAAGUGGACCUCUUGAAAAAUGGUGGUGUGAAGAGGACCUCCUUGCUGGGGACUUUAGAACUGAAAAACAUCUCCUGAGAAAGGGUUUUUUCUAGCCUGGAUCAUUUCUUCUUUUCUAAAAGCGAGUUCUUCAAGAUUACCGCCGUAUUUUUCCCCCUCCCUUUUGAGCCUUUUCCCAUCAGUCAAACCCCAGGACUUUCCACCGGGAAGAAGAUCCUUUGCAACGUGGUGGCACGUGAAGCAACCUUCUUCUGAUCUCCUCUACUCCGAACUGGAACGAGGGCUUUGGUUUCUGCGUCUUUGUGGAAUUAUGUCAACGUUGUUGGAAGCCUCGGAUGGAAACGCAAAGGCGUUACAGCCACAAACUCUCUCGGGAACAUCCGGCGUGGAAAGUAGUGGAGAAAAUGGCGAGACCUCUCGGGGCAAAUCUUCUGAUUCCAGCGGUGAAGAGGAAGCAAGCCUGGGUCAAAAGAAGCCUCGUAGGCACAGGACCCAUUUCACCAGCCAGCAGCUGCAGGAGCUGGAGGCUACUUUUCAGCGAAAUCGCUACCCGGACAUGAGCACAAGGGAAGAGAUAGCAGGCUGGACCAAUCUGACGGAGCCACGGAUAAGGGUUUGGUUCAAGAACCGAAGAGCCAAGUGGAGGAAAAAGGAACGGCAUCAGCAGACGGAGCUUUGCAAAGGAGCCUUUGGGUCACAGUUUAAUAGUUUGACCGGAAACCCUUACGAUGACCUUUACCCGACCUACGCCUACAACACCUGGACUCCCAAGGGGCUACACAGCAGCCCUAUCCACGGCAAAGGCUUCCAGCUCUUCAACUCCAUCAACCUCAAUUCUUUUGCACCCCAGAAUGUGUUCCCAGCAGCCGCCGGAGCUUCUCUGCCUGGGGUCCCAUCUCUGGAAAACUUCAACAGCUUGGCAAGUCCUCCUGGGCACUCGGCUUCGAUGUAUGGGCCUGGUGCCCCAUCACCCUACAUGUAUAGGGACCCCUGUAACUCAAGCCUGGCGGGAUUGAGACUCCGGGCCAAACAGCCACAAUCUGCUCUCGGUUAUGGCGCUCCCCAAAACAUCAGCCCCAGCUCCAGCCAGUAUCAUCUGGACAGGCCGGUGUGAUGCUAGGUUGCAGGUCAAAAGACGAUCAGAAUUGUAUCCCAGUAAAGAAUCUGACCAGCAGUCUCCAUAAAAAAUAAUUUGAAAAGC